AGUAUGAUGGCUCCUCUGUGGCCCUGCAUCCUGGUGGCUGCCACAGGAAUUCUAGCUACAGAUACACCUCAUCCCAGGGAUUCUGCUCUGCACCAUCUCACCCAACACUUAUUACAGCAAUAUCACAAGGAAGUGAGGCCUGUUCACAACUGGGCCGAUGCCACCACCGUCUACCUGGACCUAUUUGUCCAAGCUGUAUUGGAUGUGGAUAUACAGAAUCAAAAAUUAAAGACAAGUGUAUGGUACCGUGAGGUUUGGGAUGAUGAGUUUUUAUCCUGGAACUCCAGCAUGUUUGAUGAGAUUAGAGAGAUCUCCCUACCUCUCAGUGCCAUCUGGGCCCCUGAUAUCAUCAUUAAUGAGUUUGUGGACAUUGAAAGAUCUCCUGAUAUUCCCUAUGUUUACGUGAACUCAUCUGGGACCAUUAAGAACUUUAAACCCAUCCAGGUGGUCUCUGCUUGCAGUUUACAGACAUAUGCUUUUCCAUUUGACAUCCAGAAUUGCAGCCUAACCUUUAAUAGCAUUCUGCACACAGUGGAAGAUGUAGACCUGGACUUUCUGGGGAACCGAGAAGACAUUAAGCAUGACAAAAAAGCAUUUUUGAAUGACAGCGAGUGGGAACUUCUUUCUGUGUCCUCAACAUACAGCAUCCUGCAGAGCAACGCUGGAGAUUUUGCACAGAUUCAAUUUAACGUGGUGAUUCGCAGAUGCCCAUUGGCCUAUGUUGUGAACUUGCUGAUUCCCAGCAUCUUCCUGAUGCUUGUGGACCUGGGGAGCUUCUACCUGCCACCCAACUGCCGGGCGAGGAUUGUGUUCAAGACCAGUGUGCUGGUGGGCUAUACAGUCUUCAGGGUCAAUAUGUCCAAUGAGGUACCCAGGAGCUCAGGGAGUGCCUCUUUGAUUGGGGUCUUCUUCACAGUCUGCAUGGCCUUCUUGGUUCUCAGUUUAUCGAAGUCCAUCCUGUUGGUCAGAUUCCUCCAUGAUGAGUGGAGCAGUGGGCAGGAACUACUACCCCUCUUGUGCCUUCAAGGGGAUACUGACACUGGUGGGUCUAGAAUGGACCUAAGGGCCCAGCAAACUGGAGUAACAGAGUCCCCAGUCUGUCAAGAGCACCAGGCCCAGUCAGGAACCCUGAAGGAAGUCUGGUUCCAGCUUCGAUCCAUCAACAACUACCUUCAAACUCAGGACCAGGUGGACCAACGGGGAGUUGAGUGGCUGGCACUCCUGUACCGCUUUGACAAACUGCUCUUCCGAAGUUACCUUGUCAUGCUGGGGCUCUAUUCUGUCACCCUGUGUUCUCUCUGGGCACUGUGGAGUGGCUUGUGA